AUGAAUAGACAGGAUCCUGUUAAUUCUGAUCUUAGUGACAUAUACCAAAAGUGGGCGCGCUCAAACCUAACGGGCUCAUUGAGGAGAACUGGGGCCGCCUGCAUGUCAGGAGUAAUCACUACUUCCGAACUAGUUGAAAUUAUUAAUGAAAUAAGAAAUAAGCCUGACUGCCAAGAUUCCAGAAUCGAUCCCCCGAAGCAGCAGUGGCUGGAGGCUAUUUCGACUUCUAAUUUAUUUGAGAUCCAAAAAAUUUUAAAGGAAGAUCCAGGUCUCGUAAACUGGAAGAAUCCCUGCGAUGGAACGGCUUUGCACUAUGCUGCGAAAGAGGGCAAUGUUAAAUGUCUAAAUUACUUGAUGCAACGUGGUGAUAUUGACGUUAACGCUCAAUGUGGUGGCUGGACUCCUCUCCAUGUUGCCGUCGUUUACUCCCAACGUCUUUUUAUCCGGACACUGGUUGAAACUUAUCACGCUAAGAAUGAUAUCAUGGACUACUCAGGGAAAUUUCCCGUUGAUCUGCUUGCUACGGAGGAACUGAAGGAGGAAUUGACUGGUGCGCUGUUUAUUUUAAUAAUCGAAAUCUUCUCUAUUUAA